UUUCACCAGGCACUACUUCUCCGGCUGCGCACGUGGAAACACUAGAUUAAUGACUCCUUUCUGUACGGUUAUGUCGCGAGCUGCAGCGGCACGCUCCACUUCUUCUUUUUCAGAGUUCUCGCGCGGAAGGAGGAACAUUUUGUAGAGCAGCAGACGUGCUGAGAAUGAGUCCCGCAUAACUUCGGGUAUUGUUGUUAUCUACCCCCCCUCCUCUCCUUCCUCUCUUUUUCCCCCUGUCUCUCCAGUUUGAGUCAUUGCACAGAAGUAUGGUAGAUAAAGGCCCCUUGUUGACCUCUGCCAUCAUCUUUUACCUGUCCAUUGGGGCAGCUAUUUUUCAAGUUCUGGAGGAGCCCAAUUGGAAGCGGGCUGCCGAUCGGUAUAAUGAACAGAAGGAUGAACUUCUUAAGGACUAUCCGUGUCUGACGAAAGCUGAUUUGGACAGAAUUUUAGAGGCGGUGUCUGAUGCAGCAGGCCAAGGGGUCACGAUAACUGGCAGCAAGACCUUCAACAACUGGAACUGGCCUAAUGCUGUUAUCUUUGCCGCCACUGUUAUCACUACUAUCGGAUAUGGAAACAUUUCACCUAAAACAUCAGAAGGCCGUGUAUUCUGUAUCUUCUACGGACUCUUUGGUGUGCCUUUGUGUCUUACCUGGAUCAGUGAGCUGGGAAAGUUCUUUGGUGGUCGUGCCAAGCACCUGGGACAGUUUCUAACCAAAAAAGGAUUCUCACUGAGAAAGGCUCAGUUUACCUGCACAGCUAUUUUCCUGCUCUGGGGAGUGCUGGUCCAUUUAGUUCUUCCACCUUUUGUGUUUAUGUCCCAGGAGGGUUGGUCAUAUGUUGACGGCUUGUACUUCUCAUUUGUUACCUUGACCACCAUUGGCUUCGGGGACUUGGUCGCAGGUGUCGAACCAAAUAAAGAGUACCCAACUUUGUACCGUUACUUUGUGGAAGUUUGGAUCUAUCUUGGGUUGGCCUGGCUUUCCUUGUUCUUCAACUGGAAAGUGCGAAUGGUGAUUGAGGCCCAUAAGGCGUUGAAGAAACGACGCAAGCUUCGUAAGCUAUCUCUGGAAGAGCUCAGGCACUACAAAGAGUCUCAGAAGGCUGCCCUUCGUUUGCCACCCACUCCUAAUGACGUCAACAUCUUUAGCUUUCUGUCCAAGAAGCAGGAAGGCUACAAUGACUUGAUUAAACAGAUCGGCACCAAAAGAGACAGCAGAAGCACCAAUGGCAGUUCCAACAUAAUCAAGAAAUCCAAAGACACUAAUCGUUCCAAGAGUUGCAAUGAUGCUCCCAUGUUUAACGGUCACACCAUCCUAAGUCUUGAUCGUUCUCCACGCCAAAAGAGACGCUAUAGUUUCAGUGACCGUGUCACUGUGGCUUUUUCAAAGUCCAAGAACUACCUCCUGGGCUCGGACAAUGGUUUGCUGCUAACAGAGGACCAAGUAGAGGGUGAUCUAGAACUAGACCAGGACCAAAUGUAUGAAAACCAGCUUGACAAGGACGUUGACCUUGAGAAUGGAGGAGCGGGAGAUUGCGGAGCCGGUGGUCGAAGGCCGUGGGACUCCAAAGAGUACCAUCCCCUAACAAUACAAAAUGCAAACAUUACUUUUAUAGACGAGGAGAACUUUCUCGGCAACAACUUGGAGGAAGAAGAGGAGGACGACGACGAGGAUGAUGAUGGCGAUUCCAAAGCCAAGCUAUCCAUCACUACAUGUGAUGAAAACAUUGAAACGAACUCUCAGGAAGAGCAGAGUUCCGAAUCUGAAGAGUCUGUGUUCACUAGUGACGGUUCAGAGCACAGCCACUCCUAUGAGAAACUUGUUGAGGAAUAUGCCAAGGAAGAAAACACAGAAUCCUGAUCUUCACUUGUUGACUGGGUUUGUUUUGAAGUAUAAGUAUGCCAAUGUGAAUUUCUUGAAAGAAUAUCAGAAGUCCCAUUGCACUUUUAGGAGUCUGAUAACAAAAGACUGAAAAGCCAUGAUCAAAUUUCAAAUGAAUGUUGUUUUUCUUAGCAGAGAAGUGAAAAUCCACAUCACUUUUGAGUGUUUUAAAUAUCAAAUUCCUAUGAACUGUUGAACAAAAUUUACUUGUUGAAUAUGAACUAAUGAGCAUGAAAUGUAACCCUAUGAGUAUUUAACAUCUGCUCUAUUUAUGUCUUUUUAUACGGUUUUUAGAAACUAUGUGCCACACAUUUAUUUCCAAACCAAUUACUAUUUUCAAUGAGUACUUUUUUUCUACUCUGAGGCUAACAAGAAGUUAUACGAGGGAAAGUGUGAUUCCCCAUAGUUUCUUUUUUGCUUAUUCACCAUAUUGGUGUUUUUUAUAGUAUUUAUUAAAAUGAAGGACAUUGUAGCCUUUUUAUUCAGUCGCUACAUCGGUUUUAUAUGCCUCCAUUGCACAAUUCCACCAAGUAAGGACCGUUUAAAGUCCAAUUUCAGUGCUGAUUGUCUUUUUAAACCUGAGCCAUUUGUCCUUGAAGAAAACUGAAGGGGGAUUAAGAGCCAUCUUUUCAUUUCAUUUGUUUCUUUUGUGAACUCCUUGAUAACUUGUGUCUAUGAUUGCUGAUUAUUUUGGCUGUCAGCAAUAUAAUUGUGACUGCACUAGAAGUCAUGGGGGAUGCAUUGGCAACAACUUAGGAGUCCAUAGCCAACCUAGAAAGCUUGUGAGACUCUUUAAACCAAUAUUUUUUUGCCUUUUAACUUCUGUUCCAAGACUUCUUUCCUUUUUGUAAAAAAAAAAAAAAGAAAAUCUGAUUUUGAAACAAUCAUCCCAUUGUGACAGUGUAGAGGCGUCUCAGAACACAAACAACAAUUGUUGUUAUUCUACUGGCAACAUUUAAAGUGUCACUCUGUGGCUUCUGAGCCCCCUAACCAUGGCAGUGCAUAAUGGGAAAGGAAACUUUCACAGCGUCAAUAUUCUCACUUUUCGUCUCUUUCACCCUUUCACUUCAUUGUGUUUGUCAUGUAAAUAUUGGCUCAAAGCCCAUCAGUAGCCACAAACACGGCUCUACUCAGGACGUGGCCUUGCUUUUAAUGUUUGCCUUUUGGGGCUUGCACUUUCAAGAAUGACUGGAGUACCCGCCUAUCACAGGCAGCCAAGGUGAAACUGCAGCAGAUCAAUACUCACUCGACUUUAGUAAUGAGUAAUAACAUCGGCAGUAUUGGUGAUCCCAUUAACUGUACAGUAUUCCCCUUAUUUCAUGUGAGCAGAAAACUGUAAAACUAAACGACCAGAACAUAAUGUCUGAAGCUUUCCAGAUCGACACGUCCUUAUCCUGCUCACUCGCGGCCUUUUGGACACAUUAACUUGCUCACAGAAACUUCAGACAGUCUUGCUCUGAAUAGUAAGAUGGCAGGGCUUCUCUGAAAAUAGAUCAUGUCUCUCUGUUCAAGCCAUUGGAGUAAACACUGUUGGUCCCAUAUUUGUUUUUUUAGCAGACCUCAAUGAUGUGAAAAUGCCUUAAAUCCACUGCACAACAAAGUGUAUUCUGCACAAUGUUAACGUCUAUUGAAUUAACUUGUAAUGACUCGCUGACAAAGUGACGUCUCUAACACAGGGUGUUAUAUAUUUUCCUUUUCCUCGUCUAACAUUUCAUCACAGGGCCACCACCUUUACAGUAUGUGAACAUUUCCGCCUUUCUCUCCUUUUCAUUGUUCUUCCUCGAUGUGCAAGUGCAACAUUGUUAUACAGCCAUGGUACUUGUCUGGACUGAAUUUCAAGCAUAUUUCUAGAUCGUUAAGUAACGACAGGUAUGGGUUGGUUCAACCCAUUGUUCCAAGUUUCCUUAAAAUGAUGCUCCAUUGUGUUAAAAACUCCAGUAUCGUCGUUGUAAGUUGUCUUUUUUUAUGGAUAAAUUAUUCAUGUUUGUAUAUGGAUUCCAACAAAACUGUAAAUAAACAUUAAUAAAAUUUUA